GAGCUGUUUCGUCUCUUUGAUCGAAAUGGCGUCGUCUUCUCCAACUCAGCUAGCUCACGUCCCGAUUCCUCCUGAACCAGGGGGAAGGUCACUGACACAAGAAGCUAAUGAGCCACAAGUUCCGAUUCACAUAGUGACGGAUCCUUUGCAACUUCCUGCUGAUUUCCUAAACCCUUCUCCUGAAAAGAAAUUGGUCAUUGGUUUUGACUGUGAGGGUGUUGACCUCUGUCGACAUGGAAAACUUUGUAUCAUGCAGAUUGCAUUCUCUAAUGCAAUAUACUUGGUUGAUGUCAUCGAAGGUGGAGAGGGGCUUAUGAAAGCCUGUAAGCCUGCACUCGAGUCUACUUACAUCACAAAAGUUAUUCACGAUUGCAAACGUGAUAGUGAGGCUUUAUACUUUCAGUUUGGGAUAAGGUUGCACAAUGUUGUGGACACUCAGAUUGCUUAUUCUCUGAUUGAAGAACAAGAAGGGAGGAGGAGACCUCUAGAUGAUUACAUAUCGUUUGUUUCACUCCUUGCUGAUCCACGUUACUGCGGUAUAUCCUAUGAAGAGAAAGAAGAAGUUCGAGUUCUCAUGCGCCAGGACCCAAAGUUUUGGACAUACAGGCCGAUGACUGAGCUCAUGAUCCGCGCAGCCGCCGAUGAUGUCCGCUUCCUUCUGUAUCUCUAUCACAAAAUGAUGGGGAAACUGAAUCAGCGGUCACUAUGGCAUCUUGCAGUUCGUGGUGCUUUGUACUGUCGGUGUCUCUGCUGCAUGAACGAUGCUGAUUUUGCUGAUUGGCCAACCGUCCCUCCAAUUCCAGAUAACCUGAAGUCAGAAGAUCAAUGUUUGGAAGAAGAGAUCCUGUCAGUGCUUGAUGUUCCACCAGGAAAGAUGGGACGUGUGAUUGGAAGGAAAGGAGCAUCAAUCCUCGCCAUCAAGGAAGCUUGCAACAGCGCGGAAAUUCUAAUUGGAGGGGCAAAGGGUCCACCUGACAAGAUAUUUGUGAUUGGACCGGUGAAAGAAGUGCGUAAGGCGGAGGCUAUACUGAGAGGAAGAAUGAUAGACUAUUGAAGGAAAUGAGGGUCCUUUGUAAUCUGUCUCAUCGCCCCUACCAAAAAACUAAAACCCUCUUUAAACUUGGAAACUCCAUGGUUCAGUAUGGACCCGAGAGUGUCGUCCCCUCUUCAAUAAAAGUUAUAUCAUUAA